AACACCUAACUCUUCCAGUUGAAGGAGGAGUCGGGGUCCUUUCAUCUUUCUUUUCGUUGCACCGGCCAUCUUGUGAUAGACCGUAGGUGUGCUUUGAGUGGUGAUCUGCAGGUUCAUUGCUCCUCUCCUGAAGACGGCCUUUAAAAAUAAUCCUUGCAGUUGAACAGACACCAUGACGAACACCAGGGGCAAGAGGAGGGGUACAAGGUACAUGUUCUCACGGCCCUUCAGGAAGCAUGGCCCUGUCCCGCUGUCCACUUACAUGCGCAUCUUCAAGAAGGGGGACAUUGUCGACAUCAAGGGUACUGGGACCAUACAGAAGGGAAUGCCUCACAAGUGUUACCAUGGCAAAACUGGUCGUGUGUACAAUGUCACCCAGCAUGCCGUUGGCAUCAUUGUCAACAAGCAAGUCAAGGGUAAGAUCCUGGCGAAGAGGAUCAAUGUGCGCAUCGAGCACAUCAAGCACUCUAAGAGCAGAGACAGCUUUCUGCAGCGUGUCAAGGAAAACGAGAAGAAGAAAGUUGAGGCCAAGCAGGGCGGCACCUGGGUGGAGCUCAAGCGCCAGCCAGCAGCACCUCGUCCUGCCCAUUUUGUCAGCACCAAGAAAAACCAACCACAGCUGCUGGAACCAAUUCCCUACGAGUUCAUGGCCUGAAAGUGAGCAAUAAAGCAGAUUCUGUGCAUU